AUGGAUCUUGCGUACACCACUUGGGUUUUUCAUAGUGAAAGUCCAAGUAAUAAUGUUCAAUAUGAAGAUGUGGAAAUGCCUGUGGCAUAUAGGUUGUACCAUGACUUUUAUUUCCAAAAUGAUGAAUUUGAGAGGUACCCUUGUGAAAGUAAAGAGGCAGAAAUUGAAAAUUUUGUUAGAGAAGUUGAAACUCCUUUGUUUCUUGGUUGUACUGAGUAUACAAAGAUGUCAGCAGUUGUUGCUUUGUUGAAGUAUAAAGCAACACAUAGUCUUACAGAUAAUGCUUUUGAUGAAAUGCUUAGUCUUACAGAUAAUGCUUUUGAUGAAAUGCUUCAAAUUUUUGUUGAUAUGCUACCAGAAAAUAACACACUUCCUGGUUCAUUAUAUACAACCAAAAAGAUAUAUAAGGCAUUUGAACUUGGAUAUGAGAAGAUACAUGCAUGCGUGAAUGAUUGUUGUCUAUUUAGAAAUGAUCUUGAGAUGGUAGAGGAAUGUCCUAAAUGUGGUUCUUCGAGAUGGAAAGUGAAUCAACGCAAUUCUAAAAUUGAAAAGGGAGUCCCUGCAAAAGUAUUGUGUUACUUUCCAAUAGUACCACGAUUGAGGAGGAUGUAUGCAAUAACUGAGACAACUGAACAGUUAAGGUGGCACUCAACACAUAAAAGUCAAGAUGGUAAGAUGAGACAUCCUGUUGAUUCCUUGGCAUGGGAUAGGAUAAACAAGAAGUGGCCUUCUUUUGGAUUAGACCCUCGAAAUAUUAGAUUUGGCCUUUGUACUGAUGGUUUUAACCCUUUUCAAGAUCUUAGUUCUAAAUAUAGUUGCUGGCCAGUUGUCUUGGUGUAUGAUGCAUUUAAUAAGGAGACGUUCAACCUAAAAGCUAUUUUGAUGUGGACAGUAAAUGACUUUCCAGCUUAUGGAAACCUAUCCGGAUGGUCUACCAAAGGAAGGUUUGCAUGUCCAGUUAGCUAUUGCAAUGACUACUAUAACACCAUAUUGCUUAUUGAUUUACAGAAUCUACUUCUACGUCAUAAUUUGGAUGUCAUGCAUGUAGAGAAGAAUAUUUGUGAGAGUAUUAUUGGAACACUUUUACUUACGAAGGGAAAAUCUAAGGAUGACAUCAAAUCUUGUAAAGACUUGGAAAAUAUGGGGAUUAGAAAAGAUUUGCACCCCAAAAAAACAGGAAAGCGUUUUUAUCUAUCUGCAGCACCUCACACUCUAUCAAAGAAAGAGAAGGAAACUUUUUGUUGGAGGCUUGCCAAUUUAAAACUACUUGAUGGUUAUGGUUCAAAUAUUGGAAAUUGUAUCUCCUUGGAAGAUAGUAAGAUAUUUGGUCACAAGUCCCAUGAUUAUCACAUGCUAAUGCAGCAAUUGCUGUCAGUGGCAUUGAGGGGCCUUUUACCUAAAGGUCCAAGGACUGCAAUUUUCCGGUUGUGUGCAUUCUUUAAUGAGUUAUGCCAAAGAGUUGUAGAUAGAAACAAACUAGAAAAAUUGGAGGAAGACAUUGUACAGAUGUUGUGCAUGUUAGAAAGGUUCUUUCCUCCUUCUUUCUUUGAUGUAAUGGUGCAUUUGACAAUCCACCUAGGACGGAAAGCUCGUCUAUGUGGACCGGUUCAAUAUCGUUGGAUGUAUCCAUUUGAUAGGUAUAUGAAAGUGUUGAAAGGAUAUGUUAUGAAUCGUGCACGACCGGAAGCUGAACGCUACCUAGCUAAAGAGUGUGCUUUGUUAUGUAGCAGGAUGCAUUUGGAUGAACUUAGGCACUCAAGUAGACAUCUAUUAAAGAAUGAAACUUUAUUACAGAAAAAGCACGUGGAGUCAUUUAGCACAUGGUUGGAUGCUAAGAUUAGGGCAGAGAAGAUGGUUCACAAUGUGUCAAAUACUUUAAAGUGGCUUGCGCGUGAGCCUAGUCGCUAUGCAAUUUCAUAUUCUGGUUUUAUUAUUAAUGGUCUUCAGUUUCACACUAAAGAAUCUGAGAAACUCAUCAAAACAGCGUGUGAUUGGGCAAGCAUUGUGAAUGGCAUCAAACUAGAUGAUGGAUUUACCUUAGUUAACCUCCACGAAGGACAAAGUCAGUUUGAAAGGGAUCUUUUCAUUUUAGCAUCACAAGCUAAACAAGUUUUUUAUUCUAGGGAGGAUGAGACAUCUAGUUGGUAUGUUGUCAUGAAAGCACCUCCCAAAGGAUUUCAAGAUUUGGAGAUAUUCGAUGAGAUGGAAAGUGGCACAUCUACCCCAUUUGAUGUAUCAAAACUUGAUUAUGAUGAUGAUGAUGAGAAUGAACAAUAUGUGCGAAUGGACGUCGAUGGAUUGUUUUUUGAUGAGUAG